AUGAUUUUAUUUCUCUUGAUUAUUGUAUUUAGUAGUGCAACAGAGAUUAAUACACUUUUAAAGAGUGAAACAGAAACACCAGAAGUAAUAAAAAAACCAGAAUCUGUAGUAUCAACAACAGAACAAGGUACUUCAGGAACAGAUUCACAUACAGAUACAGAAGCAACACAAACAUCACAAGGAGCAACACAAACACUACCAACCUCCGGAAAGCCAGAAGUUCCAGAACCAUCAGUUGCAUCAGGGAAAAACUCAGAAAAACCACCACAGCCAACAUCACAAGAUGGUGUGACAGGACAACCAUCAUCAGUAGGAUCAUCACAAACACAGGAUGGAAAGUUACAUAAACCAGAAUCAACAAAACCAGAAGGAACAUCAUCAGAACCACCUACACAAUCAUCUCCAUCAUCAGACUCUUCACCAGCACAAAACCCAGCAUCAGAAAAGCCAAAAGAAGAUACACCAAAGUCUGAUUCACACCCAACUCAACCAUCAACAUCUCAAGACACAAAACAAACAUCUCAAAAUACAAAUCAACCAGUUUCAAAACCUGAAUCAUCACCAUCAUUAACACCUAAUCCAACACCAAACACAUCACCACAACAAGAUAGUCAACAAAGUAAACCAGCACCAGCAGAAACAACUAAUCCAACACCAAAUACACCAGCAAAAUCAGACCAAUCACCAGAUUCAAAUCCAGCACCAUCAAAUAAUCCACAACAUGAACCACCAUCAAAUAACCAACAAAACAACCAACAAAAUGAAACAGUAUCACCACAUUUACCAAUUAAAAAUGAAACAACAAAUGGAACAGAAAAUAAUGUGAAUAAAACAAAUGAUGAUUUGAAUAAUCAUAAUCUUAAUGGUGUAUCUUGCAUCUCUAUUAUUCUCUCUGUCAUUUUUACAUUUAUUUUCUUCUAA